AUGCCAAUUCAACUGUGGGGGAAGGAUCAAAUCAAAAUUGUUUACGAAAAUGCAGACAACAACAACGAUCCCCUUCAUUAUCGAGAACAACAAGACGAUGAGUUUGGUCACUAUGCACGAGUAGCGUUACCAACUCUUCAUCGAAGGGUGCUCAUCGGAACCAAUCGUUGGAUCUCAAAAUUGAGCAGUAUUCGACUCCUGCGAGUCGAUUUAGUUCAUUGGACCAUGCUGUUUAUAUGGCUUCUUUUGCUAGCCAAAUUUUCAACCAUCUACACACGACUGUACACGCAUUCCGCACUGCUGACGACAAUAUGCACCAAUGCGCUUUUAUUUGGUAUAUCCGAUAUUCUCGCUCAAGGUAUCCGCCAAAACGGCCUAGAAACGUCACUUCAUUUGCCACUCGGCCCUGACCGGUUUUCGAAUGAAGAUGAAGAAGAAGACCUCGAAGACAGCAUUUCGAUCUUUAACGACUAUGGCCCUGUGCUCUCCAAUUCUCUCCCAGAGGGCCCUGCCAUAUCGGAGUCUCCUUACCACUUCCAGUUUUUCCGAUGGGGAUGUUUUAUGGCCUGGGGUUCCGGUUUGGCUUUCUUUCAAGUACCAUGGUAUCGCAUCCUUAAUUACCUGUACACAGAAGACCCUAGCAUUGUUCAAACAAUAGAACGAGUUUUGUCGGAUCAGCUGGUUUAUUCUCCAAUCUCGCUUUUUUGUUUCUUCGCGUAUUCUAACUUCGUUAUGGAAGGAGGUGAUGCGUCGACACUCAAGACCAAAGUCGAAAACGUGUAUCUUGGUACAUUGGGCUUCAAUUACAUGUUAUGGCCCCCCGUGCAAUUCAUCAACUUUAUGCUGAUGCCCAAGAAUCUACAAGUUCCCUUUAGUUCAUCUAUCGGCGUCAUGUGGAACUGCUUUCUGUCCAUGCGCAAUGCUUCGACAGUACAAAAAACAUAG